AUCAAAGUAUUGUAUACCUUGUUUUGUGUUGGCACUAACGACCCUUCGUGUGUUAAAUAUUUCGCAAGUUGGCAGUGGCAGCAUGUAAUUUGUUCUAACGUGUUUUCCACUUGUGCAGCCAUGUAGUUUGUCCAAACGGACUUGCCGUACUAUUUCCGCAUUAUAGUUUUCAUUCCGGAGUCCAUGAAUAAAAGGUUCUGACGCUUCCCAGUGACCGUAAAUGAAGCCGGACCACCGUGAUGUGGUACUACGGGCGUGCGGCGCGACCUCGCUACGCGUCGGCGCCACGAUCCAGACUCUGUGGAGCGGCUACGGCGAGAUCGUCCGCCUGCACCUGGAAGGCUGCGAGCGGCCAUCUGUAAUCGUCAAGCACGUCAAGUUCCCUCCCGCGCGGGCUGAGCACGCAGCCGCCGACCCCGCGGCCGAGCGCUCCCACUUGAGGAAGGUGAGGUCCUACGAGGUGGAGACCUACUGGUACCAGAACUACGCCACCAAUCCUCGGUGCAGGAUACCCGCCUGUCUGACCGCUUGCGCCCAUGGAAACGAGAUGCUCAUCGUGCUGGAGGACCUGGACGUGGCCGGUUACGACCGAAGGAGAACCAGCGUGAAGGACGACGAGAUGAGGGCCUGCCUCAGCUGGUUGGCCCACUUCCACGCUCACUUCCUGGGCGUGUCCCCACAGGGCCUGUGGCCAAUCGGCACCUACUGGCACCUGGAAACGCGCCCGGACGAGCUGGAGGCCAUGGGCGACGCCAGGCUGAAGGCGGCGGCCGGCGCCCUGGAUGCGGCGCUCAACGGUUGCCGCUUCCAUACGGUCGUCCACGGCGAUGCCAAGCUGGCCAACUUCUGCUUCCCUGGGGACGGACGGGACGUGGCGGCCGUGGACUUCCAGUAUGUGGGUGGCGGCUGCGGGAUGAAGGAUGUGGCGUACUUCUUGUCCAGCUGCCUUGAGGAGAGAGAGUGCGACAAGAAGGUGCCGGGCCUGCUGGACCAUUACUUUGCCGAAUUAAAGCGUGGGGUGAGCACCCAGGCAGACUUUGCGGCGCUGGAGGAAGAGUGGCGGGAGAUGUUCGCCUUCGCCUGGACCGACUUCCGUCGUUUCCUGCUGGGGUGGAUGCCGGGACACAGGAAGGUCGACCGCUACAGCAAGAGGCUGGCUGAUGAGGUUCUGCACAAGCUCAAGCUCUGAAUGCAAACAAAAACAUCACUAUAACAGUUUAUAUAUAUAUAUAUAUAUAUAUAUAUAUAUAUAUAUAUACAGCACUUAGAAUAAUUUUGUAAUAUUUGCCUUUUGCGCCCAACAUCUCAAAAUCUUCAUCAUCUUUUUGUGAGUGUUGUGAUACAGUACACACCAGCAGAAAAAUUAUUUCAUUAACAUUAUUUCAGAUUUAAAAAAAUAUAUACAUUUUGUUCCUUACAUGACUGACAAAAUAAAAAUUGUCUGUGGCUUAACAUUUA